AUGGAAGACACUUCUCAAGAUCUCCCACAGUGUAAAGUUGCUGCCACUUCACAAAACUUAGCAUUCAAAGCCGUUAUUAACAGGAAAAAAUUUAAGAAAAACUCCAAGCCUAAAGAUAAUAAAACCAUGACCACAAAUAUGUCCAAUCGUAACACCCACAGUGAUAUAGAAUCAGAUAAUGUAAUAGAAUAUAACCAUCAUGAAACAAUUGAUGAAACUCCACCUGCUCCAGAAUCUAUCGUUUCCACUAUAGUUGAUAAAACUGUUUUUAAACAAAGUCCCCAAGAUUGUCAAGUUCAAUGGGAGUUCUUGGCUGAGCAAGCUGCAGAGCAGAGGCAAUACGCGGCAGCUGGCAUGGUUGUGGAAUUGGAAGAUGAUGUUUUCAUUCCCAACCAGCCAGACACCCCUCCUCCUCCUCCACCCGCGGAGAGGGCACCGCCGCCGCCACCCGCGGGGAGCCCUCCGCCGUCGCCAGUCGCCGACAGCCCACCACCACCACCACCUCCACCGGACUCGCCACCACCACCGCCUCCACCGGACUCGCCACCACCACCGCCUCCACCGGACUCGCCACCACCACCGCCUCCACCGGACUCGCCACCACCACCGCCUCCACCGGACUCGCCACCACCACCGCCUCCACCGGACUCGCCACCACCACCACCUCCACCGGACUCGCCACCACCACCGCCUCCACCGGACUCACCACCACCACCACCUCCCCCGGUCUCCCCCCCGCCCCGGCGGCGCGCCCCUGCCCGACGACGUCGGAGGCCACCCCCCCUGGUCCCCGCAGCAUCAUAUCCGGCACCCCCCAGAAAUGCUGUUGAGCGAGCCGCAAGGGUCCAGGAGCGCCAACGGCGGCUGGCCGCCAAGGAUCGUCUCAACGCCCUCUACGAGACGAUCUGCGACUACUGCCCAGCGGCGAGGGCGACCAGGGCCCUAUUCGAUAGGCGAAUAAAGGAACUGGUUGGGGAUCAGAGCCCUGCCGAGCUCGGCAUCAAUAUAGAUGCAAUUCCGGCACCAGAUUCCCCGGAAGAAGAUCUCGUGCUCAGGCGAUAUUCCUUGGCCCAUGAUGUGGCAAUCAUUGCUAACAGAAAGACCAUCAUGGACCGGGACAUAUCCCUGGCCAUCGAGUAUCUUACGGGUUGA